AUGUCUUUGGAUGAGCCUGGCAAUAGCUCCGAGUGGAGUGGGGAGCAAGAUAAGGCAUUUGAAAAUGCCCUUGCAACUUAUCCCGAGGACUGUUCUGACCGGUGGGAGAAAAUUGCUGCUGCUGUACCUGGUAAAACUUUGGAAGAGAUUAAAGAACAUUAUGAGAUUCUAGUGGAUAACGUUAACCGGAUUGAAUCUGGCUUUAUGCCUCUCCCUCUUUAUGAUUCUGCUGACAGUUCAGUGGGUCAUGCUGGUAGUGAAGGAACGGGUAAGAAAGGAAAUAGCAAUUUAGGGCAUAAUAACAAUGUGUCAAACCAUGGGGUUAUGAGUUCGAGGUCCGAUCAGAAGCGUCGCAAGGGGACUGCUUGGACGGAGGAGGAGCACAGAUUAUUUCUUCUUGGUUUAGAAAAAUAUGGGAAAGGUGACUGGCGAAGCAUAUCCCGGAACUAUGUGGUCUCAAGAACACCAAUACAAGUGGCAAGUCAUGCGCAAAAGUAUUUCAUUCGAUUGAACUCAAUGAACAAAGACCGGAGGCGAUCUAGCAUCCACGAUAUCACCAGUGUUGGAAAUGGAGAUAUUUCAGCACCCCAAGGACCGAUCAUUGGUCAAUCGACUGGUGCUGCUGCUGGAGAUUUGUCUGGAAAAUCAGCGAAACAAACCCCCCUACAUCCUGCUGCACCAGCUGGUUUUGGUGUGUGUGGUGCCUCAACUAUAGGGCAACCAAUAGGAGGCCCCCUUGUCUCAGCGGUUGGCACGCCAUUGAAUCUUCUCGGCCCGACCCAUAUGGCUUAUGGAGUGAGAGCUCCUGUACCUGGAGCAGUGGUUCCUGGAACUCCGGUGAACAUGGGUCCUGCAACAUACCCAAUGCCGCAUGCAUCCUCUCAUAGGUAAUGUGUUGUUUAGGUGCCAAAUGUACAAAAGGACAGAAGAUGACUAUCUUGUGCAGAUAUCGGUUAACGGAUUUUCCAAUUUAGCCUGAAUAAGAUUUGCUUAUUUGCAAGCACAAACAAGUUUGUCUGUCGUUUGCUUAAUCUUAUUAAGCCAUAGGGAUAGUGUUUACAUGAAUGUGUAUAGGCAACUCUGGAAAAGGGAACUGUUAAAUAUUGCAGAAGUAGAAACAGCAUUU